AUGCAACAAUUUCCAAAAUGCACCAUUAAUAAUUUCCGUUAUGAUAAAGAGAGUACUGGACCGAGUCAAUAUUGGCAAUCACAUCAUUUCCAUGAAAAUCAAUUUAAAUUUCCCUUCUCAAGUGAUGAAUUAAUUUAUCAUAUUCGCAAUUUUAUUACAAUUUCUGAAGAAGGCUUGUUGAAGGACAAGGUUUUAUAUCGUGAUGAUUCGAUUAGAGGAAUUUACGUGUUCGGAUCAAGAGUUUCAAAAACCAAUGUAAACGAUUCUGAUUUUGAUUUAAUAAUGAUUGUUGAUGAUUUUUACUCUCAUUGUAUUGAUUAUGAAACGAGAUAUUCUAAUAAUUUACAAUAUUUAUUGAAAAGCUCUAUUAAGUGUAAUUGUGAUGAUGAGGAGGGUAAAUUAGAAGAGAAGGAAUACGAUAUGGAAGUGCACAUUAUGGAAACUUCAUUCUUUGUGGACCAUGUUUAUUUACAAUUGCCAAUAUUCAUGCUAUCUGUUCUGCAACCAAAUUCAUCAUUUGUUCUGUUUGAGGAUGAAAAGAUGAAAUUAUGGAGGCAUCAUUGGAGUUUGUGGUUUUUGAGAAUUUCUAGAACUAAAAAUUCAUUCCUUCACGAGCUUCAUCAUUGCUUUAAUAAGGCAUUUAGAUUUUGGAAUGUUUUGGAGAACAAACUUUGCAAGGAUGAAAGUGAAAGGAAAAGUACUCUAAAGAAGGUGAAGAAAAACCUAGCUCAUGGUAUUAGAUACUCGAAAUAUGCUUAUCAAUUUGUUAAUUCAGGUAUUAUAUAUGAUUAUACCGAAACUAACAAACUCUAUGACAGCAUUGUAUUUCAUACUGAUUCAUUUAGUUCUUGGAAUGAGUAUAAACAAAUUAGUGAUGCACUCUAUAAGACAUGGAAGGAACAAUUAAAAGAUGAUCUGAAGAAUAUUAUCAAAGAUGCCCUUUUCAAAUGUAAAAACUCAGAAAGCAAUAGUUCAUUGGGUAUUCAAAACUUCCUGAAUACAUAUUCUUCAGGCUUUGAAAAGGAUAAUCCACUGUUUAGUGAAUUAAUAAUGGUUGUAGAGCAUAAUUAUGAACUAGACUUUUCACACCACUACAAAUACGGUCCAUACAGCUUGAUGAGAUUACUUUCAGUGAAUGUGACACCAAUUAUUAGAUCCAAAGAGGAGCAUCUUAAUCCUAAUAGUUCUCAACUAUUCAAGAUAGAUUGUGAUAUGGAAUAUAUUUCCUUAGAAUUGUGUAAACUUUUCUUAGAAUGUAGGUCCUACUUGGAAUGUAAUGGAACAGUACUAUCUUAUAAUAUUGAUGAUAAUGGAAAGAUAGUUUACACUCCUGUAUGUGUUCCUAGAUUCUAUGCUAUGGAUUAUAAUUUCAUACUAGAAAAAGUUGGUAGUGACUAUUUUUCAGAUAUUGACAUGAGCUCAAUUCAAAUUCUAGAAAGGCCAGUUGGGAUAAGGUGUUCGCUUUUCUUUUAUUCUGGUGAGUGGAGGUUUGUCUUUGAUGAUGAAAAGGACAAUUGGAUUUCCAAAUGGAUUCUCAAGAAUUUUGAUAUGAGUCAAACUGAACAGGAAUUUGAAAAUCUGUUUGAAAGAAUUGGAAUGAAGUAUCCAUCCCAUGAAGAUCAAAUGUUGAACUUUUUCUUCAUUUAUCAGAAAAAUAGUAAUAGAAUUAUUUAUUGUGGGAGUAGAAAUCUAGAAUCUAUGAUGGAAUAUGAAAAUUGGAUUGAUUUUUCUACAAAAUAUAAUUGGAACGACUUUGUUAAAUCAUAUUCAGAUAUAGGAUUUUUGGACCUUCAGGAUUUUGUGAAUGAUUUUGAAAAGUUCUCACCCCUCGAAUAUGAAGGACUAGAGUUUGUCAAUUUCAAACAACCAUACAAAUGUUUUAUAUUGAAGUCAUCUCUUCACUCAAAUAUUCCCUCUCUCAGAUUGUGUAAUGUCAAUUAUUUAGUCUCAAAACUGGACAAGUAUGUUCUAGAAAAUCCUCCAUACGAGUUGACCUCAUCAAAAUAUAAUGAUACAAGAAUAGUUUCAUCCAUCAUGCAAAGUAAAUUCUCUAAUCAAGUGAAUGAAGAUCAUUUAGUGAACAAUCUCAAUCCCCUCUUCACCAAACCAUUUUCACAAUUCAAAAAUAUAUACAUAGAACUCUGCCAAUCCAUCAACAUUUUUUACAAUGAGCAACUUUUAUCUAUUGAACAAGAUAUCAAACAAUUCAAUGAGACUGCAAAGAAAUACCUUAGAGGGAAUCUUGUUGGACUCUUCUAUAAUUUGAAAAAGUUUAGAAAGGAACAAAAUUGUGCAGAUGUUAAUGUUGCAAAUUAUUGGAGAAAUCUCUCAUUUAGUAAUCGUGAAAAUCCAUCAACUACUCACAACACUAUCAACUUCCAAGAAGUUAGACAAGUUUUAGAACUAAUCUCUAUCUAUAAGAAUCACAUUAACAACCUGUCUGGAAAUUGA